GAAAACCGUCAGAAAUGAACAAACGAAAUAUAUACUAUGUAUCAUGAAAACUAAAAUUGUGUUGGUAUAUAUUUGGUUUUACCUGGCUUAAGGAGUUAAUAAUGGAGAAGGUAGAACAAAAAAAGCCAGGCCAGUUCAAUGUUUUACCCAAAAUCAUAAACGGCGGUAUUGCCGGAAUUAUUGGAGUGACAUGCGUUUACCCACUGGAUAUGGUAAAGACGCGACUGCAAAAUCAAACCAUCGGUCCCAAUGGCGAGCGCAUGUACACCAGCAUGUGACGCCGACUGUUUCCGGAAGACGAUCGCCAGCGAGGGAUUCUUUGGCAUGUACAAGGGCUCCGCGGUGAACAUCCUUUUGAUCACACCCGAAAAAGCCAUUAAAUUGACCGCCAAUGACUAUUUCCGCUAUCACCUGGCCUCCGAGGAGGGAAAGCUUUCACUGCCACGGGCAGCUUUGGCCGGUGGCCUGGCCGGACUGUUCCAGAUCGUGGUCACCACGCCCAUGGAGCUGCUGAAGAUUCAAAUGCAGGACGCUGGCCGUGUGGCCUCUGCCGCCCGAUCUGCGGGACGAGAGGUUAAACAAUUUACAGCCAUGGAUCUGACCAAGAAGCUCCUACGGGAGCGGGGCAUCCUGGGCCUGUACAAGGGAGUUGGAGCCACCGGGGUGCGGGACAUCACCUUCUCGAUGAUAUACUUUCCGCUGAUGGCUAUUAUAAACGACAAAGGGCCACGAAAGGCUGAUGGUUCUGGAGAGGCAGUGUUCUACUGGUCCCUCAUGGCCGGAUUGGUGGGCGGGAUGACCGGCGCCUUCCUGGUCACUCCACUGGAUGUGAUCAAGACCCGGCUGCAGGCCGAUAGCGAGAAGGAGUUCGACGGCAUCGUGGACUGCGUCCAAAAGACCCUCAAGCGAGAGGGUGUUACGGCAUUCUUCAAGGGCGGUCUAUGUCGAAUAAUGGUAGUGGCUCCUCUAUUCGGUAUCGCACAAAUGUUUUACUUCUUAGGAGUGGGCGAGAAGAUUCUAGGCAUGGAGCAAAGGAAAUCUGUCUAAAAAACAUGCCUAGAUUUCUGUCCUUCUUACAAUAGCCCUCCUAAAGUGUUCGUUUUUAUCCGACUCAAGAAAUAUCUUUAAAUUGUCGGAUUUUUAUUGUAAAGAAAUCCUUGCUUAAAUUUAUUGUACGACUCAGUUUUUAGGAACUAAAUAUGAUAAAUUGUAUCGUUCUUGAUCGUUGCACAAUAAAUAUCAAACUGUUUGUUCCGUAA